AUGUCCACCCGCACCAUCGCAGUCGUCGGCUCGACCGGCUCCCAGGGCUCCGGCGUCGUCGCCGCCGCCCUGUCCUCGACCUUGUACACCGUGCGCGCCCUCACGCGCGAGCCGUCGGGCGACAAGGCGCAGGCGCUCCUCGCCAAACACAAGGCCGAGGUCGAUGCCGGCCGGCUCACGGUCGUGCAGGCGAGCCUUGACGACGUCGAGGGUCUCAAGACGGCGCUCGAGGGCGCGCACGCCGUGUUUGGAAUGACCACGCCCUCGCCGAGCGAGGUGCAGCAGGGCAAGAACCUCGUCGACGCCGUCAAGGCCGCCGGCGUCGAGCACCUCAUCUGGUCGGGCCUGCCGAGCGUCGCCAAGCUGAGCGGCGGCAAGUUCCCGCGCAUCUUCCACUUCGAGGGCAAGGCCGUCAUCGAGACGUACGCGCGCGAGCAGCUCGAGCACGUCACGGUCCUCCUUCCAGGCGGCUUCUACAGCAACAUGUCGUUCCCGUGGUACACGCAGCGCAAGCCCGACGGCACGAUCCGCUUCGCCCUCAUGUCGCAGCACGCCGACCCUGCCGUCGGCUGGACCGACUCGAGCGUCGACCUCGGCGUCUUUGCCGCCGCCGUCCUCAACAAGCCCCUGUCGCUCACGUCGGGCAAGGUCUACCCGGUCAUGGCUCACUGCUCCACGGCCGACCUUGUGCGCGGGAUCGAGCGUGCGACGGGCGACAAGGCCGUGUGGGAGCCGCUGUCGAAGGACAAGCUGCACGCCAUGAUGGACGGCAAGCCCUUUGGCGAGGUGCUCGAGGCGGCGGCGAGCGACAUGUUCGACUUUAUCGACACGACGCCGGCCGAGCACACGGCGUACGGCAUGUUCUCGCGCGCCGACGACCCGAGUCGCGAGCUGGGCGUUCGCGCGAGCACGUUCGACGAGUGGGUGCAGCGCUCGGGAUGGAGGCCGUGA